CUUAUAUAGUUUCUUCAUGGUGCUGGUGCCUGGCGUACAGCCGCUAGAAAGUAACUUGUGCGCACAAAAAUUGAAAUAAAUAAAAUCAUGGAAGCGUUUACCAUGAAAAUAGACCUUACUAACUUCUUCAGCGACGAGCGGCAGCACGCAUUGAUAUUGAUCGACAGCGCGUGGAAAAAUAUAGAGGAUGUGCAGCACCACAUCCAGAACCUCUUCAAUCUGAGAAAUAUACGUUUGCUGACCAAUUCUGGAUAUUUUCUGCCGCCCAAGGAGUCCCUUAGAGUCCUAAAAGAUGCUGCUGGAUUGAAGGCCUUCACAUUUGAGGGACCGCCGCCCGCCAGUGGCAUUGAGGCAGGAAGCACGAAGACUAGCAACAAGCGCAAGAAGUCAUUCGAUGAAGCAGAGAGCUCACGCCACAGCCCCCCUUGGGAACAGCCAAAGCGUUCUAAGCACAGAAACAAAUCGACUUGCCAAGCAAUUUCUCUGAAUGCCAUAACGGAAAUUUCCGCUUUGGGAAACUCAUUUGUUACAUGUAACACCAGUGAAGCCGAGGAGCCACUCUGCAACUCCACUAUAAAUGAGUCCAAGCGUUUUAAGCAGAAAAACAAAUCCACUUUACAAGCUAUUUCUCAGAAUGACGCAACUGAUGAUAAGGUGAAUCCUUUAUUGGAAGCAACAAACUGCAAAAACACCACAGAAGCUAAGGAGCAACUCUCCAACUCCCCUUUGAAAAAGUCGAAGCAUUUUAAGCAGAAAAACAAAUCCACGUUGCAAUCAGUUUUUCUGAAUGCCACAGUUGAUGAUAAGGUUGCCCCUGACACCAGUGAAGUCGAGGAGCAACUCUCCAACUCCAAUUUAUAUAAGUCAAAGAGUUUAAAACAGAAAAAAAAAUCCACGUUGCAUAUAAUUGAAAAUAAGGUGAUUCAUUCUUUAGAGGAAACAACCUGCAAGAACACCAGUGAAGUCGAGGAGCAACUCGUCAACUCCACUCUGAAUAAGUCAAAGAGUUUAAAACGAAACAAAAAAUCGAGCUGGCUUCAAAUUUCAACAAAUAACGCGACGAAUGAUAAGGUUUCAACAUUAGAAACAAAUGAAACCAAUGAGCCUUUGCUCCAAUACAUCCCCGAAUGGGAUCAGUCAAGUUCGAAUGACGAUGAAAACAGCAAAGCAGAAACACCAGCCGAAGGUCUACCCCAAAAUGGCAGUCGCCUUGGCCUUCACGUUGUCCAAACCCCUGCCCAGCCGUCUGAGACACAAGAGCCAAGAGCAAAGGAAAAUAAUUCAACAUUAGUGGUCCCUGAGCCGCCGCCAAUUUCUUUUCGUUGCCCGCUAAUGGAGCUGGAUCCUAACAAAGUCCGCACGUACCAAAUUUCCUUUAAAGCGAAAACCGCUCAGAAUGUGCCCGUAAAAUCGCCGACAAAGCAAACGGAUUCCAAUGAACACAUCAAAUUGGCUACUCCCGAAGCUGCUAGGCAAGAACGUGCUGCACCAUUGAGCGUCCUCGAUGAAAUUUCAACCAUAGAUGAGGCUGAAGAAGAUGAAGAUGCAGAUGCGGAAGCGGCAGUGGAAGCUUUGCCACCCUCAGUGGAUGAUAAAAUGCUUCCGCAACGUGUUUCUGCCGAGACUAUAAACUGUGAUUCCGACGACGAUGUCAUGGUGCUGGAUGACACCAGUGUGGAUUCGGAUGUGGAAGUGUCCCAAAUUAUACCAGCAAAUGAUCCUCAAAUGAAUGAUUAUGCGCUGGAAAUGUUUAAAAACGCUUCUCCGCUAAAGGAUUUGCCAAAAAGGGGCGACACAAUACUCUUCAAGCUAAGGAAAAUCAAGAGUUCCUUGGGCUCUGGACUAACCGGAGUUAUAACUGCCAGCUGCACCUACAUCAAUCGUCGCACGAAAGCCGUUUCAAUGGAAGUGAUAUCAUUUCCUCCACGCAAUCGUGGUGUACUGAGUCAGUACUCAAACAGUUUGGACGACUCAAGCGACGACGAUACACCUUCUUUAAUGGUCAAUAUGUCGGAUCUGAUUGAAGCAAAGCGCCUUAAAUAAAGUUAAAGAUUAAGUUACUUUCUGGUGUUCUAUUUUCAUAGCAUUGUAAAUUUUAUAAACAAUCAAAUAACAUGC